AAACUGACAAAAGCAGGGCGCCAUAUUGCAGCUUGUGUUUGGUUACCGUUUCUGGCGCGUGGUGAAGAAUUUCUUAUAUUUAAUUGAUAACCAUGUCGGAUAAUCAGGAACAAAAACCCGAAGCCGGCCCAGGCGAUGCGAAUUCAGAGUAUAUCAAGCUUAAAGUUGUCGGAAACGUUUCUUCUUUUUUUCCAGGACAGCAAUGAAAUUCACUUUAGGGUAAAGAUGACCACUCAGAUGGGCAAGUUGAAGAAGUCCUACAGCGAUCGUGUGGGUGUACCCAUGACAUCGCUUAGGUUUCUCUUUGAUGGUAAAAGAAUUAACGAUGAUGAAACACCAAAGCAGCUCGAAAUGGAAAAUGAUGAUGUGAUCGAAGUAUAUCAAGAACAGACAGGUGGUCAUUAUUGAGUAGUAAGGUGGGAAUCUUCAUUUCGUUCUGAUAUUUUUUGAAGUGAAAGUGACAUUCAUAACAAAAAGAAAUGGACAAGUUUAUAAGUAUGCAUAUAUAGAUACAUACACAUACAUACACGAACACACACAAUAUUGUAAACUCUUUGAUUUCACAUGAUGUUGUAAAAUGUGCUGUCAUACAUUCCUCUACCAAAACCUCAUGCGAUAUGACACAUUGAUUCAGUUGUGAAACAUUUUAUACUGACACAAUUGUAUUGGGAUAUGAUUAUGUAUUUUGCCUAUUUUUGUUUCUUACUAUUAUUACUAUUAUUCAGAAGAUAAAUCAUAAAAAAAUGUGUUCAGGCAAUUCAAAGCAAGUUUCUUGCUAGUUUUUAAUGAUCUCUAAUAUCUUUUGUCUUUUACUUUUUUCUCCGUCUAAUUCUAGAUAUAGAAUGAUACGAACGUAAUAUAACAAAAUUGUUACGUGAGGUAUACCUGUAAUAAAAGUAAUGCUAAUUUUAAGUUUUUCUGUGUUGCUUCUUUCGAACAGUCGCAAUGAUAAGUAUCUCGCGAGGUAGAACUCGUGAGUAUUCACAUUCGGCAUUUUGUUCUUCUGGGGAAUCAACGUUUCUUACUUUCUCAAUAUCCUCUUACUUUUUAUACAUUAUGAAAUUCGAUACGUGUACUAUUAAUGUAAUUAAUUCACAUCUCUGCAAUACGUGCGGAAUUUAUCGACACGUUAUAUAUAUAUUUAUUAUGAUAGAAUUCUAUAUGGAAUUUAUGUAACAACAUACUAUUCUGUAAAAAUUACCUGAACACUAUGUAAAAGUUUCACAUCUGUUAAUAACAUCAAAGUUUAAACAACAUUUGAAAUGCACUCAAAGGAUGUUCGAGAAAUUUUUCAAGCACCACUUGAAAUAUUUGGAUAACGUUCUUUGGGCUUCUGCAUUGUCCAGAUGAAAACUUAUAAUUUAGUAAUGAUGGAUCGAAGUGAUAAAGUUAUAUGCAAGAAGAAAAAUCGUACGUUAAAGUGACACUUUAGGAGUAAAAGACCAGUAUACAUACAUUAGCGAGCCCGAAUGUUUUUUUACAAGCAUGUUUUACAUCCGUCGCUGAUAUGAAAUCUCUGUAUUAGUGAUUUAAGAAAUAUAAACAAUUCUUUGACCUACA